AUGGUUGCCAUCCUAGCGAACCGCCUCGAGGUCAAUGACGGACCCUUGAACUCAGAAAACGCGACUCUUCUCCGACCCUCCGAGACUACACUAUCCUUGGAGGAGCUCCGAAAGCGAUUUGAGGAAGACGGAUAUCUCUUUCUCAAGCAGAUCCUUCCGCGGAACGAUGUUCUGGAAGCCCGAAACGCAUACUUUACAUCGCUCAAGUCCACCGGUGUCCUGAAGCCCGGCAGCGAGCCCGUCGAAGGCAUUUUCGAUCCAGCCAAGAGUCAUGAGCAAUACCCCGGCAUUGGUGCUGGACAUGCCGACGGAAAUGGAAGACCAGGUGGUGAGCAGGCGGCAGCAUUUGUGGACCUCGCUCUCGAUGCGCAUUAUCAGGACUGGUAUGCUGAGAAGUUUUGCAACCAUCCCGCUCUCUACGACUUCAUCGCUCGAUUCUCCGGUUGGAACAAGAACACUCUCAGUCUGCGUCGAACACUACUCAGGAAUAACAUCCCUGGCUCGAAGCCCAUUGGUGUGCAUUAUGACCAAAUCUUCUUGCGACAUGGUGAUCCGACCAGUAUCACCGCCUGGGUUCCCAUGGGAGAUAUCAAGUUAAAUGGGGGAGGGCUGAUCUAUCUGGAAGAUGGUGACAGCAUCGGAGUGGAGCUCGAACAAGCUUUUUACAAGAAGGCAAAAGAAUCCGGGAUGAGUGAUGAGGAGGCUAAAAAUGCUUUUAACUCGAAUAUGAUGGCAACGGGCUUGCUGUCGGAAUUUCCGGCUGAAUUUGCCCGGCAUCAUAGCCGACGUUGGUUGGUCUCGGCCUACGAGGCUGGGGAUGUUGUCUUGCACAAGCCUCAUAUGAUUCAUGCGUCGACCAUCAACCAUGAUCCUGAUAAUGUGAUUCGCCUCGCGACGGAUCUCCGAUUCUGUGAUUCUUCAAAGCCAAUUGAUAAGCGGUGGAUGAACCACUAUACUUUCAAUGAUGGUGUUUAA